AUGAAGCGGUUGAUGGCAUCUCGAGGAAGCGGGAACUCGAAGCCUGUGAGCAAAGAUGAAUUCGUUAAAAUUCGGAAGAAAGAUUUGGAAAGACUAACAACUGAAACUAUGCAAAUCAAGGACUUUCUGCCGAAGAUUCUUAAUGGAGAAUUCUUGGAGACCUUUCACCAACUGGAAGCAGCUGAAGCAACUUUGGAGAAAAGGACGCAGGAGAAUGAACAGUUACGACUGGAUUGUGAUCAUUUUAAAACUAGGCUGAAAACAGCACAGGCAGACUGCCAAAAGGAGCGAGAGGAAAAAUUGGCUUCGAGGCUACAGUUGAAUGAAGCAAGACAACAGCUGCUUCAACAAGCUGAAUACUGCACAGAAAUGGGUGCUGCAGUCUGCACUUUGCUCUGGAGUGUCUCUAGCAACGAGGAAUCAGUUAAAUUUAUCCUUGGAGGAAACAAAGCGGAAAAGUUUUUCAAUAUUGUGGGACAGACAAUCGAAAGUUUUGUGAAAUCUCUAGAUGGAAGCAUGAAGGAGCAACAGAAAAAUCUGGAUUCAGAUGAAAACCAGUUUGUUCUGGCAUUGGCAGGAAUUGUAACAAAUGUGGCUGCUGUGGCCUGUGGUCGGGAGUUCUUGGUUAAUUCUUCUCAAAUUCUCUUGGAAACACUGUUGCAGCUCCUAGCGGAAAUGAAGGCAGGUCUGUGCACCAAGCUCAAAGUACUAAUGUUAAUGUGUUUAUACAAUGUAAGCAUUAACCUGAAAGGCUUGCAAUAUAUCAGUGAGAGCCCAGGAUUCAUCCCUUUGUUAUCCUGGCUUCUGGAAGAUCCAGAUGCAGAAGUCUGUCUCCAUGUUCUGCGGCUCAUUCAGUCUCUGAUCCUUGAGCCAGAGGUUUUCUCCAGAGUAGCAACCCAGAUCCGUGAAUCACUGCCAGAGCAGCGCAUUCUAGAACUUACCAGCAACCGUAACCCAGAUCUCCGCAACUUAGCAAGUGAGCUGCUGGAGGACAUGAAAAUGCUCAAUAUUUAA